AUGGGUUGCACCCCGUUGGCAUGGCAACCACGUGCGACGUCGGGACGCCAACGAUACCCGAGCAAAAAUGCUUACCUGGUGGUACUGUUGGCGACAGUUCUCGUAGAACAAAACUGCUCAUCGCAGUGCCUGAUGGUUACAGAGCUAGGACCGAUGAUUUCCUACGAAGUGGAAAGCUACCUGUUGAACCGGUUUUCAUCACUCAAGAUGGCACAACGGGUUUUGGCGUGGAUCAACAGAUUUAAGUCCAACCUGUCAGCGAAAAUGCAACGUGGCGAACGUGUCAGUGGCGAAUUAGAUCCGUUGGAGCUACAUGAAGCAAAUCUUCAGCUUGUUAGGUGUGCUCAGCAUGCCGAGUUUCAACGAGAUAUACAGUGCCUGAAAAAGGGAGAUCCAUUAGCAUCUAAAAGUCAAAUCAAGUCUCUGUUUCCGUUUUUGGAUGGAAAUGGAACUCUUCGUGUAGGAGGACGACUACAGAAUUCGGACCAACCAUUCGAAAUGAAGCACCCCAUGAUUUUGCCUAAGGUUCACCGUUACACGGAACUUCUGAUCACCGCUCUGCAUAUCGACAACCUACAUGCAGGACCAACCUUGGUGAUUGCUACGCUCAAUCAAAAGUACUGGAUUCUUGGGUGUCAAGCAGUUGUACGCACUAUCAUCAAUAACUGCGUGCGAUGUACUAGGUGGAAGGCCAAAACCGCGAAGCAGCUUAUGGGAUCCCUACCAACGGUGAGGAUCGCAGGAGGACGUGCCUUCGAAAACGUAGGCGUCGACUACGCAGGUCCCAUUUGUAGGAAUAAUAUGUAUUAA